GCUGCCCAAGUUAAAACGCACCCGAGUUUCUGCUUUAAUUGGGGUUUAAAUGACGGUGCGAGGCGAGCUAACAGAAUGAUUAGCUGGAUAAUUAAGUCAGUCUCCAGCUGGCCGCCAGUCAAAGGCUAGACCUCAGGCGAGGAACGACUUCAAUAUGCUUCAACACAUGGAGGGGGACUCAGCAUGCGACGGAGAAACAGAAUUACUGGACGAGUCCUGCUAUGUAUCUGUGUCUCAUCGGCCCAAGCCAGCGACGAGCAACAUUUCCGAAAAUGAAUUCUCCUGCCAUUGUUGCUAUGACAUCCUGGUGAACCCCACCACACUGACCUGUGGACACAACUUCUGCCGCCAUUGCCUGGCUCUGUGGUGGGAGUCCUCGCACAAGAAUGAAUGCCCGGAGUGCCGGGAGAAGUGGGAGGGGUUUCCCAAAAUCAACAUUCUGCUGAGGGAUGCAACCGACAAGCUUUUCAGUGAGGUUGUCCAGCGGAGGCGGAUGGAGAUCCAAGCAAACCCCAAAAUCUCCCGGAGCCUGCUAGCCUUCCAGAAGUAUGGGGACAACUUGGGCAGAGCCAGGACAACCCACAACAAAGGAGCGGGCUUCUUCUUUUCUGGAGUACUGACUGCACUCACAUGUGUGGCUGUGGUGGUGCUGGUGUUCCACUGGGGCAGUGGUGUGGUAGAACAACAUGACCUGUUAAUCAGCAAACCCGUGUCUCACUGGACAGCGCAGGACGUCGGGUACUGGCUGGAAAACCUGGGUCCAUGGACCGAGCCUUACAGGGGAGCCUUUCAGCAGGAGAACGUCAAUGGAAGGCUGCUGCUGAUGUUGGGGGAUGAGGAGUUGUUGAGAAAGCAUUACAACAUAGAAAACUCGGUUCACAGAAGAGCUGUUUUAGCUGAACUGGACAGAGUUAAGACGCUGGGGGUCAAACCCCCACAGAACCUCUGGGAAUACAAAGCGGCGAAUGCCGGGAAGUCCCUGUUCCUGCUGUAUGCACUCAAGCGCUCCCCUCGUCUCACGAUCUUUUAUUUGUAUUUAUUUGAUUAUUCCGAGACCUUCCUUCCCUUCCUGCACACCUGCUGCCCACCGUUUACACACACAGAAGAGCUCGUGGAGAGCAGUUUCCUAAAAACACAGUUGGAGCCCAGCUGGCAGCAGUGGGUGGAGUUCCUUGUGAAAUACUGCGUGCUUCCAUACCAGCUGAUUGCAGAAUUUGCAUGGGACUGGUUGGCCAUCCAUUACUGGACGUCCCGCUUCAUCAUUGUUAAUGCCAUGCUGCUGUCUAUACUGGAGGGCUGCUUUCUGUGGAGACUGUGGACCACAGCCAGGUUGAGGACUCUCCCACAACAGAUGUGGAACCAUUCAUGGAAAAUGCUCUCUCAGGGGUUUGCCUUCGCCCUCAUGUGGCCUUUUGUCCCCCAGUUUGUAUGCAACUGUCUCUUCUACUGGGCUCUCUACUUCAGUCCCAUCAUCAAUAUAGACCUGGUGGUGCAGCAGCUGAUGCACCCGGAAACGCAGGCACAGUGACGCUCCGCAGGUUUGUCCAUCACUGCUUUCAUUACAGCACGGUGCAGACGAAGCGGUCGGCAGGCUAACUGCUGAGCAGACAAGUGGGGGGCUGGGUUUGUUUGUGCCGCAGAGACAGACGGCGUCUCCUGGAUCCUUGUCUCGUCGCCGCACUUUGACCACAUUGUGGACCAUGACAGACCUUAAGCUUAUCUUGGAGGAAAAAAGUAAAAGCAGGAGAGCUGUGACGCCUUCAAGGCUGCGGGGGUUUUUCCUGGGAGGUGAUAUUUGAGGUGAUUAAAUGGUCGUGGAAAUGAAGACUUCAGUCUUAAGCUGGCAGAUUUUAAGCACUGAAAAUGAUAUUUAUUCAUGAAACAAAUUAAAAAAAGCUUUUGGGUCGGUAAUACAAAAUUAAAUUUCUUCCAAAUAACUCUUAAAAUAUCAAUCCCCCUUAGAUGAACAACAUGUGGCCUAUUUCGUCUUUACUGCUGCUCUAUUUAUUGAUCCUGACGUAUGUUUAAAUGCAGCUGAUGAACAGUCUUCUGAGGAGUGGAUUCUCUUAAAUUCAACUUCAGCCUUAAAAUCUUACAGAUGCAUUUCAAACAAACUCCUGACAGGACAGUAGGACAGAAGGCUGCACAAAAAGCAUUUAUUAUUGAAAUCUUCUAAGUAAUAAACACUUUUAUUACAGCUGCCAAGCAUGGGGAUGGACUGAUGAUUGUUUUUUUUUUUUUUUGGAGCCAAAAUAUCUCAGCAUUUUAUAACUAAACAGACCCUCAAACUCUAUUAGAAAAUAUUCCUCUAAAAUCUGGCCAAAGUCUUAGCUGAACUGAAAGGAUUGAUUUAAUCCGUUUUUAUUAACAGCAUUUUUUUAAAGCCAAAAUUAUUCUAUAUUAUGCGUUGGAUGUUCACUUGAAGCUCAUUUUUCUUCAUUAUAAAAUAAAUAAAAAAAUGUUAUCCCAACAAACAAAACCGACAGCAUUAAAUAAGCAGACUUUUUUCCCUCAAGACUGGAGAUUUUUUGAUCUUGCAUCUUAAUGGUGAUCUUGAUGAAGCAUUAGGGGAAAAGAUAAUAGUCUUAAAUGGUUUGUUCAGCAGAAUGUUGUCAUAUUCGUUGUGGUCCGAUUGUUCUUACUCCACUUUCCACACAUUUAAAAAUAAAGUAAAAACCAAAUUUUUGCUAUUUUUAUAGAUGCAAAUCUAUUUAAUUUCUGUUUUUUUUUCUGUGCUAAAUUUGUUUUUAUUUGGUUGUAUUCUGAUAAAUACAACAUUGCACUUUUUUUUUACUGUCCAAAAAAGAUUUUUUUUAUGCUUUUAGUAUAAUUGUUGAAUAGAACUGAUCUCCUUUUUUAAAUGUUUAUUUGCACUUCAAAGUUCUACACUGUGAUAUUUUCUGUUUUCUUUAUUUGAUUUUUUUUAAUGCUGUUGGCUUAUUGUUGUUUCUUCAAUAAAAUUACAUUGAAUAAAACGUCAUUUUGAUUUUGUAAACUCAGUCCAAUGAAAAUAAACGUGUUUUUUAUUCAAGUAGUUAUCGGUUGCUUUGAAAUGUCUCAUGCAGGUUCUAAAUUUGAGGUCUUUUAAGCACUGAUAGACUAAUCCAGUGUCAAAAACGAGCAAACAAUGAUAUAACUUUAAUCAAAGAGUCAGCUGCAUUUUGGUUUGGAAUUUUUUACCAAAAAAAAACUAAAAUUAGAAAUGUGGAAAUGACUUCUUUCUGGAAUGCAGGACUUUUUUUUUCUUAUUUAGCUGUAAAAA